AAAGGGGUGGUGGGAACAGGGCUGCAGCUGGCUGGAAACCAGUCCCUGCGGUUGAUGCCAAACUGGGAGGUGCUGGUGACUCUUGGCGGGGACAAGAGCCCUGCAGAGGGAUCAGCCUGGCUGUGCCUCAGUUUCCCCAGAGGCUCUGCAGUGGGAGGGUGCCCCAAGGACAUGUUUGUUGCUCUGUGUGCACAGACCAGCCUGGUUGUGGGGUGAGGAGGGUGUCACAUGGCCAAAGAUUGACACCCCCCCAGCUUCUCCAUCACCCCCAGACAGGGACCAGGAGCAGGGCUGGGACAAGGACAGGGACAGGGGCUCUUGUUCUGGCCCUGGGAGGAGGAGACGAGCCCCAGGUGGGUGCGAGGGGGUGGGUGAUGACCCUGGCCCAGGUGUUAAAGUCAUGGGGGAGGCAGCCCCUCCUCUUCCUCCCCCCACACGAUGAAGGCUCUUGAGGGAAGGUGCUUUCUGCUCUUUUUUGUCACCGCAGCCUGGGCACGGGAUGCCUGGGUCUCAGUGACAUGUGGCCAUGCGUGGCUCUCGGUGAUGGUGCCAUCCAGCCUCCUGGGGAGCCCGGUGACUGAUGGGGAGCUGACGCUGGGACACGAUUGUGGGGUGACCAGCACUGCUGGGGACCAAUACCAGCUGGAGCACCCGCUCGGGGGCUGCGGGACCACCCUGGAGCUCCUCCCAGACAGAAUCCACUACAGCAACGUCCUCCGUUACCGCCCCAUGCUCGGGGGGGCCGUGGCUCGUGCCGGACCCUUCACCCUCCCCAUCCACUGCUACUACCCCAGGACAGGCAGCGUUUCAUCCGGGGGUGUCCAACCCACCUGGGUCCCCUUCGGCUCCACCGCCGCUCACCGGAGACGCCUGCGCUUCGCCCUGGACACAUAUGACAGUACCUGGUCCUCCCGCCGGCACCAGGCCACCUAUUCCCUGGGAGACAUCAUCAACAUCGAGGCGUCGGUGAGCCCCGACCCCCCCGUGUCCCUCAGGGUUUUUGUGGAUGAGUGCGUGGCCAGCCCCAGUGUAGUGACACAGCUCAAGUUCAAGGUCAUCGGUGACAAUGGGUGCCUGCUGGAUGGGCAGCUCGGUCGCUCCCGCUUCCUCCCCCGGCGCGGUGACGGUUCCCUCCGCUUCCAGCUGGACACCUUCCUCUUCCUCAACGCCUCCGGCAGCCAGAUCCACCUCCGCUGUCACCUGAAGGCUGUGGCGCAGGGGACUGGUGACACUUUUGGCAAAGCCUGUUCCUACGAUGGUGCGGCAGCCGCCUGGCGCUCCCCAGACGGGGCUGACUGCUCCUGCUGUGACUCCCCGGGGGGCUGCGGGGACCGGCGACAGCGACGGGGGGCUGGUGGCCGAGGGCUCCUUGGUGAAGCCACCGUCCAGCUGGGUCCCCUGGGGCUGCUCUCGGCUCUGCCCAGCUCGUCCCCUGUCCCCUCCAGUGUCCCCACGGCACCGGCACCCAGCACAGCACCUCCUGGUCACCCCUCGGUCCCCGUGGUGCAGGGGGAGAAGAGGGACCCAGGACCAGCUGUCCCUGGCCCCACGCUGGCCAUGGUGGCCAUGUGCUCCAUCCUCACCGCUGUGGGCAUGGCCGGCUGCUACUGCUCCGUGCGGAGACACCGGAGCCAAAACCGGCUGGGGGGGGGUCCCGAGGCAGCCCCCGGGGAGCCCCGAGCUGUGGCCAUGGGCCCCACUGCCCCAGGGACACCCCCUGCUCCUCCGGUCCCUGCCAUCGUGUGAAAAUCCUGGUUUUAGAAAUAAACCUGAGGCAGAAAAGGCUGUGCCAGGUCUGUGGGGGUUUGGGGAGACCGUGUACCCCCCCGGGUGUGAAGCCACCGCAGCAGGAUGGGGGACAAUGACACCAGGACUUGCUUUGGGUCCCCUCUGCCUGUCACCUCCUGCAGCCGGGGACAAUCCCUGUCUGAGGAACGGGGGCAUGGGGGUCUGGUCCCCACGAUGUGGGGGGAUCCUGCAAGAUGUGGCUGUGAGGAUGAGGGUCCCCAUGGGGGCUGUG